UUUGCAGGUUGCCAUCCACAACGUCCAUCGCUCACCCCUCUCUCCCCAUCACCCUCUCCCUGCUCAGCUUGCACAAGACGACCGACCGUACCUAGCUUUGCCCUUAAAAGACCCACCGGUGCCCGCUUCUUUGCGCAUGGGAUCUGCAUCUCACCAUCAGUCAAUCCUCCAUUUGCCGCAGCUGGACAACUAGCCCUGCUCUGCCGAACCUGCGACGCUUUCGCAUUCCAUAGCCCGCCCGCCUCAUCAUCAUGAAUAGGCGCGGGGGUGAGGGUCCUAUGGACGGGCUCGAGUUUCAGAACGCAAAUGUCGACAAGUCGAGUCCUUUUGUCCUCUAUGCGAAUCAAAAUCCAGCCCUCCCUUCUCAAAACCCAGCAGCGCAGCCCCGUGUUUCCUUUGGCACAAACCUCUUCCAGUCCCAGAAUGCAGUGCCCAGGAAUGCCAGCCCCUUGAGGCAACAACAGACCUUCCCACGAGCACCAGAAAGAUCCGUCUUCAGCCCGUCGAUAUCGCACCAAUACACUGCGGCGCCGCUGCGCAACCCAGCAUUCACCAGUGUCAGACCCGGCACACCUGCUUUCAUGACGCCCCAGAAGGAUCGCUUCGAGGACUCGGUCAUGUCAGAGACUCCCGCCGACGAUAGUCCCGCCAUGACGGAUGCUUCUGGCCCUGCCGAUACCUCAGCCGAUACCCCUGACUUUGAUAACUCCGGCUUGCUUGACGGCAUGACAAUAUCAACGCCUGAUCAUCGGGUCAGCCGCACUCUGUUUUCCGAGAAGAGGUCAGGCAGGGGCGAGCUGCCUAAUCUUAGACAGGGGGAUUGGUUCCAGCGCGGCAAGGUCCGCAAGAGGUUCAGGACGGACAGGGAUAAGGAUGUAGGGAGCGCGAGGUUACGCCUGCCAGACGGCCGCGAUGAGGAUGAUAGCGACGACGACGACGACGACGAACCACGGGCCGGCCGGCGCAACAGGAGGAACCGAGACACGGGGUGGCUACACCACAUCUUGACCUCCAUCUCCUCCAACCCCAACGCGCCCAUGAUAAUCUCGUGGUAUCUACAGGUGCUCUUCAAUGCAGCUUGCGGUGGUGUGGUACUAUGGAUGGCCUGGGGUAUCAUCUCAGCGAUACGCGGCGAGGUGCUCUACUCGUCUGAGAAGGCCAGGGCGCAGCUCAUGGAAGAGAUGAACGCAUGCUCUCGCAGGUAUAUCGAGAACAAGUGCUCUCCGAUCCAGGACCGACUGCCAGCCCUUGAAGGCAUGUGCAACGAGUGGGAAACCUGCAUGAGCCAGGAUUCAAACGUGGUGGCGGGCGUCAAGGCGUCCGCAGGGCACCUGGCCGAUAUCCUGAACGAGUUCUUCUCGCGGCUCUCCUGGAAGGCGACCGUGACGCUGUCCACCUUCUCCAUCAUCGCCAUGCUCGUCUGCAACGUUGCCUUCAGCAAGUUCCGGCACAACUACAGGGAGCAGACCCUCCACCAGGGAAAUCCCGGGUCGCAGUACCAGGGCAUGGGCCCCAUGGGCUUCCCAAUGUCACCGGGCAAGAACCAGGCCUACAUCUUUGCUCCCAUCGGACAGACGCCGAAGCACAUCAGGCGGGCUUUCCUGCAGGACGAUACGGAAUCCGAGGCCUCGCCGGAUGCCAGAUACUUGCCACCGCCGGUGACGCCGUCACGCACCCGGAGCCCUAUAAAGAGUGAGAGGAGCAGGAGCCCUACCAAGAUGAAGUUGGAGAUGAGUCCUAGCAAGAUGGAUCGUAGUCAGAGUCCGUCGAAGAGGAGCCCGUCCAAGAGGCUUGAGUGGCAACUGUGAUUGGACAGGAAAAACAGCGUGAAGAGGGCGCAAAGCUAUCUCAUGAGGUGAGGUGAAGAUAUGUACAUUAAAUUGCGUGGGUAGUCAGAAUGGACAUGACCGCUUGAGAAUGUGGGGUCCGAACGGGGGAGAUCCAAGGCAGGAAACGGAAAGGGAAGGGCACAGUCAAUUUUGUACAAGGACCAACAGGCCCGAGGAGUAUGGAUACCCGGGAUACCCACGAAAACACCGGGGAGCUUCAGGAAAUGGGGGUGUUUCGGGCCGGGACUGAGCGAUAGCGACUGGGCACUCUACUCUUGAGGUGUCUUGGUUAAUAUACAUAGUACUUCUGCAGAA